AUGUUGUCUACACGAGAGGUCUCUGAACGAACUGGCCGGCCCCUGCGGAGAGAAUCCAAUGAAGGACGAUGGAAUGAUCACACCCCUGUCGAUAAAGAUGAAUACGUGAGAGGCACGAUUGUGAACUUCCCUCAUGUGGUCCUUUGCGAGGCGAAAGACCCCAACGCUGUCCUGACGCAGUUUGGCUGGUUCUGUUUCAAGACUAGAUACGGUAUCGUAAUCGACAACACCACCGAACUUGAGGUUCUGAAGCUCGGCACUGCAGGAGGCAGCGGACCGUCAUCGAAGCCCGUAGAGGUCCGCGUGGAUUGCUUCGGUCUCAAGAAAGCAGAAGAAACAGUAUACUACUGCUGGGACGAGCGCAAGAAAAGCAAGGUCGCCUAUGUCCCAGAGAAGGGCGUCUAUGACAUAGAAGCGGAUUGCCCAUACCAACCCAAGACGGGCGCCUUUGGCAAUAUCUUAGAUAUCAUCCACCUUCCGCACGACUCCCGUAUUCAAGUGUGCGGAGAGAUCGGGGAAGACAUUCUCAACGCGAUUCUUAAGAAGCGCAAUCGAAGACUUCUACAGAAACAAAGCAUGAGCACCCCCAAGGACAUGUGGAUUGAGGAAUUGGAGGUCCGCCUGGGCAAGGACAAGCAUACUUACCAAGAUGCAGACGACAAGGUCCACCCAGAGCAGAUGAAGCAGGAUCAGCAGCCCAGUCGGAAUCGCCAACAGGUGACUCAGCCCCAGGAUCAUGCCGUGCAAGGGCGAAGUGUCAAUGGAGUCUCGCGGCGCCGAGCUCCUGACAGUGAUACCACGAUGAGGACGGCCCCUACCAAGCGCGCAAAGACCGAUUUCAGCAUGACUACACCUGUCUCAACGUUGCGAGAUAGACCACAGAUCGAAGCGAUCGAUCAGCCGCGUGACAAUUCGCGACGGCGUGGUCCGCCUUACCAUCUUCCGCCUAACCGCGUUGACGGGACUCGACGCUUUAUGGGACCUGGCAGCAACGACGGUAGCAACCGCCCCCCGCAAAAUGCUCCACAAAAACCACGCCGAGGCAACUCACGCCGAGGCAAUUCACGCCCUACUCGAAGGUCCUCUGGGAGCCAUGAUAACAUCACUGAGGACCAGGCGCAAGCCAAUGGACGUCCAGAGCCGGCCCCAGGCAACGAUGAGCGAAGCACCGAGAUUCGGCGUCGGCGCAACAGUGGUACUGAUGAUCGGUUUGGUAAUGAUAAAUAA